AUGGCGUCCUUACAGAACGGCUAUUCAAAUGGCAUUAAUGGAGAUUCGCUCCCUGCGACCGCAUCAUUGCCCAACCUUCGUUUCUCUGACAUACCAUCUGCUAUCGAUAUUCCUGCAUCUACCCUCGACAGCGAGGUCGAAGUCAGCCUUGAGGGACUGCCGGACGACCCAACCGAACUCUGCACACUCUUGGAGAACGAGAAAGCGGCGAAAAACUUCUGGGUCAUCAUUGCGCUUGCUUACGCGAAGCAGAAACAGAUUGACCACGCAAUUGACAUUCUGAACAAAGGUCUAUCAUCAGUUGCGCAUGGAGCUACAAAGGAGAAGCUGGGCCUGCUUGGGUGGGUAUGUUGGUUGUAUAUGCUGAAAGCUCGGCAGGUGCCCCGAGUAGCGCCCGAAGGGGCUUUGCACACAGAGGCCAAAACCAAGGAGUAUUACCUUCAGCAGGCGACAUCAACACUCAACGAUGCCCUUCGAUUGAACCCGUCUUUCCCACCUUUGUUCCUGGCUCGCGGUACCCUAUCACUGCUACGAGCUUCUUUAUUACCCCCGCGACCGGUUCGUCCAGGGGUUCCUGACAAUUCGGACAGGGCCGAAGCCCUGCGAACAGCUCUUAAAAGCUUCGACGACUCGUCAAGAGCGUUCGGUGGCCGAAAUGCCAUGGCUAUGCUUGGGCGUGCGAGGACUCAGUACCUUCUCGGGCGGUAUGCGGAGGCGUUGGAAGGAUAUCAGAAGGUUCUGAUGAGGAUGCCAGGAUUGACGGACCCAGAUCCUAGAAUUGGUAUAGGGUGCUGUCUGUGGCAAUUGGGCUUCAAAGAUCAGGCCAAGGUAGCCUGGGAGCGGGCACUCGCACUGAACCCUGACUCAAAAGUUGCCAAUAUUCUCCUAGCCGUAUACUACCUUUAUGACAGCUCUCGCCAUGCUACUACAGACCCCUCGUUUGGCUCUUUGUACAAAGUGGCCAUGACGCAGUAUACACAAACAGCUUUCAAACUGGACAAGGAAUAUCCGAUGACCUGCGCUCUAUUCGGCAGUUAUUUUCUCUUGAGAAAGUCUUACUCGACAGUCGAGACCCUGUCCCGCAAAUCGAUCGAGAACACCGACGUCAUGCAAAUAGCCAGCGAUGGAUGGUAUCUACUCGGUCGAAAAUCCCAUUACGAAGGCGACAUGACCAAAGCCGCAGAUUACUAUGCCCGGUCCGACCAAGCCCGAGGAGGAGGAGACAGAGGAUUUCUGCCGGCCAAGUUCGGUACUGUACAGAUGCAGGUAUCCAACAAGGAUUAUGACGGCGCUAAGUUCCAGCUGGAGAAGAUUAUCCAGCAGACGAAGAACCCGGAAUGUAUGAUGCUUUUGGGAGCUCUUCAUGCUGAAGAGGUCUUUGCGGCGCAGCGAAGCGGGAGCAAGGAGGACAAGUCUGCUGAAGCAAAGAAGGCUAUCACGCUCCUGGAAGGUGUCCGUGCCCUAUGGAAAGACGAAAGCAAAAAGAUCACCCCAGAUGAGUCUGUCUUGGUGUAUCUGUCUCGACUGUAUGAGCAGUCCGCCCCUGAUAAGAGCAUGCAGUGCUUGAUACAGCUCGAGGAAAUGCAGUUAGCGGAGAUACCGGACGAGGAGCGCCCUGAGGACUUGGAGGGCGAAGAGCUGAAGGCGGCUCUCCGGGUGCAUCUUCCUCCACAGCUUCUCAACAAUAUGGGCACUUUCCUAUACCAGAGUGAGAAACUCAGUUUGGCACGUACCAUGUUCCAGUCCGCUCUAGACGCCUGUGUUCGAUCGCAAGAGAAGGAGAGUGAGAUUGAUACCGAUGCUCUCAUCACAACGAUAAGCUAUAAUUUGGGCCGGGCCUACGAAGCCUCAGAUAUGCCUGACGAGGCGAAGAAGGUCUAUGAGGGCUUACUUGAACGCCAUAGCGACUAUACAGAGGCGAACGCACGGUUGACCUACCUCGCUCUGCGCCGAAGCCCAACAGAUGAAGGGCCCAAAAAGAUGGCAAAACUCUACGAGACCGACUCAACAAACCUCGAGGUCCGAGCCUUGUUUGGGUGGUAUCUUAGUAAGUCGAAAAAACGGGCUGCCAACAUCGCGGAAGAUCAUGAGCAGCGACACCAUAAGCAUACGCUGCAGUACUUUGACAAACAUGACCGGUACUCGUUAACAGGCAUGGGCAAUGUGCACCUUCUUUUUGCGCGAGACAUGCGACGUGAGACCGAGCAGGAGAAGGAGAAGCGCCGCAAGAUGUACGAGCGGGCGGUUGAGUUCUUUGACAAGGCUCUCCAACUAGACCCACGAAAUGCCUACGCGGCGCAAGGUAUCGCGAUCGCCUUGGUAGACGACAAGAAGGACUUUAGCACCGCCGUACAUAUUUUCUCCAAGAUCCGCGACAGUCUGAAAGAUGCCAGCGUCUACCUGAAUCUAGGUCAUGUAUAUGCAGAGCUUCGCCAAUAUACCCGCUCCAUCGAGCACUACGAAACAGCAUUGUCGAAAGAUCGUGCCCGUGAUGCCCAGAUACUGGCCUGUCUCGGUCGCGUGUGGCUCCUUAAGGGAAAGCAGGAGAUGAGUCUCGCAGCAAUGAAGACGGCGCUAGACUAUGCUCAGCGCGCACAUUCCGUUGCACCAACCCAAGCCCACCUCGAAUUCAACGUCGCUUUUGUCCAAAACCAGAUCGCUUCCCUAACCUACGGCCUCCCCGAAACUCAGCGCACAGUGCAAGAUGUCGAGGACGCAGCAGACGGCCUUCGUCAAGCCGUCGAGGCAUUUGGUCGCAUUGCACAGGUCAAGAACCCGCCGUAUCCCGCCGAAUCUCUUGAACAGCGUGCCAACAUGUCCAAGACGAUCAUCAAACAGCUCGAGCGAGCUCUUCAGAGUCAGAAGGAGUACGAGGAAAAGAACGCCGCAAAACUGCAGCAAGCGCGCGAGGCACGGGAGGCCGAGAUUCGCCGCCGCGAGGAGCAAGUUCGCAAAGCCCAGGAGGCCGAACGCGAGCGCAAACAGCGCAUCGCCGAAGAGCGACAACAACUUGUCGAAGAAGCGCAAAGGCUUGCCGCCCAGCGCGCGGAGGAGGAGCGUGCCCGUGAAGAAGCCGAGAUGACCACCGAGUCAGAGACGGGCGAGAAAGUCAAGAGGAAGAAGCGGUCUGCUACAACGACGAAGCGGAAGAAGCAGAGACGUACCGAGGAAGACUUUAUCAACGAUGACGAGGCCGACGCAGGGCGCAGUUCUGAACCAGAUGGGAGUGACAGGGAGGAAGGCGCGCCCAAGAAGAAGAGGCGCCUAGAGCGGAGAUCAAAAAGCUCCAAGGCACAGAGCAAGUACAAGAGUUCCGAGAUGGUGGUCGAUUCAGACGACGACGAGGCACCUGCCGUUGCUACACCAGCGGGUGACGAUGACGAGGAAGAGGAAGAGGAAGACGUCGUGCAACGACGGAGAGCCAAACCGACAAGACGGAUUGCUGAUGACGACGAGGAAGAAGAGGAGGCUGCUCCUCCGCCUGUAGACGACGAUGACGGGGGAUUAUUCAGUGAGCGUGAGGAGGAUACAGAGAUGAAGGACGACGAUGAGUAG